UUUUCCAGAUUUCCCAAGACAAUUGAUUUCGAGAUCCUAAAAUCUCCCUGAUUCGAAAUCUGCAACGAAAUCUUUACUUUUCCCAAGUUUGAGAAAUAUAAUUUUGGCUAGACUUGCUACAAAACUUUUGGAGUGUGGUGUUGGCAAAUCUGGCACAACCCAAUAACCAGUUCUAACACCAACGGCGACAUGCUGCCUCCUGUCGAAGAGUCCAUUCUUCAGAGUAACCCCAAGUUUGCAGAGUUGUACAAAAAACUUUCAACCAAUAUUUUAAAUCCUAAUGGCUCUACUAAAAAUCAUCCAGCUCAGAAAGAGCGGGAUGCAGUCUCUGGGGCACUCAAAACUGCCAGAAUAGAAGCCGCAAAGUCGCAGAUCCUAAUCUCUUCUCUGUCGUCCCUGGACCUUUCACCACCGCCUCCUAUCCCCGCGAAACCUCGAACGCGAACUUCUCAACCCGCACCCCCAAGAAAGGCUGCCGAAUUACCAGAUGAACUCAUUGAACUAGUUAUUCUCCUCACAGCAAAGCUCUCUCUUCCCUCAAGCUCUCUCUCCAAACGCGAUAUUACCCUCUUAGAAUCCACACCGACAUACCAUUCCCUCUCAACCCACCUUCCACACCUGAGCGCACUCCUCAGCACCAACCUCCACAACACCGCCCUAUCCCUUUCGCGAAUCCUUUCCCCGACAACAAACGCUUCUUUCUUGCACCGCCAAAUCCCCAAUCUCCUUCCUAGCGUCUUGACCCUGCAAUCCACUCUGCUCACGCAAUCCCAUUCUCUCGCUCUCGCCCGCACAACCUUAACCAACACCACCACGCAGCUCCUAACGUUAUACCACCGCGCCACAGCCCUCAUAAUUCAGCUUCUCGAGCGUUCAAAACACGGCCCCAUUACCCGACACACUAUUUCCAAAAUCUCUCUUCUCUCCCUCCAAUCCCAGACUAUCUCUCACGAAUUGCAACUCAAGUAUGUACAAGGAGAAAAAAUCAUCUACGACGAACGGACAACCGAAGCUUUGCAAAAUUAUAUGCGGGAAUUGCGUGGGGGUAGGGAGAGGCUGAAGGAGAGAGGGAAAUUGAAAGAAAGGGAUUUGUGGGGAUAUGGAGUAGGAAGAGAAGACGAGAGGAAGGAGAGGCAGAUGAGGGAGAUUGCGAGGGUAUACGGGGAACUUAGGGAAGAGCUGCAGGAGGUGAAAAGGGAUGUGGAGAGGUUGAGGGGAAGUUGAUCGCGUGGAUCAGUGAUAGAGAAAGAGAAGGACAGGAUGAUUUAUGAUUUUACGAUUUUGAUGAUCAGACGGAAAGAUGGAUGAACUUACGGCUUGAAAAGAUCAGAGGAGAGUUGGUGUUGCAUUGAGAGAACUGAAAGACAUGAUAUUUCUAUUGGGGAUGCAAUGAAUGGUAAUACUUUGAUCAAUUUAAUUGAAUUCAAUAACAA